AUGUUCACCGAUCCGUCAUUUCCAAAAUUCCUCGGCUUCAUCGGAGACGUUCUUUCCGCAUUACUCCAGCUGUUCGCUCUCCUUCUCUUGGUAGUAGUGGUCGGCACACUCGCAGCAGCUGUCGGUAGGGGCAUUAUUGAGAUUUAUGUACGCAUUUUCUACUCUGAAAGAUUCGUCGUCGGCCGAAUCACAAAGUUUGCGAAGAAACUCUACCAUGAGCACACUGCUAUCGCAGUCAAGACCAAGCGCAAUAUCAAUGAGAUGGACUACCACCAAGAUCUGUAG